AUGGAGGUCUUGAGGACUUACCUCCUCUCUUCAUUCAUAUUUUGCUUGCUCUCUCUUGCUGCUGGUCGAUAUGAGAUAAGAAGGCUUGUUCCUUCAGGUCCUGAUCCAGUGGAGCCUCCUGAAACACCAUCAACUUCAUUUACCAAAACCCAGUUUGGGAUGAAGAGGCUUGUUCCUUCAGGUCCUGAUCCAGUGGAGCCUCCUGAAACACCAUCCACUUCAUUUACCAAAACCCAGUUUGGGAUGAAGAGGCUUGUUCCUUCAGGUCCUAAUCCAGUGGAGCCUCCUGAAACACCAUCCACUUCAUUUACCAAAACCCAUUUUGGGGUGAAGAGGCUCGUUCCUUCAGGUCCUAAUCCAGUGGAGCCUCCUGAAACACCAUCCACUUCAUUUACCAAAACCCAUUUUGGGGUGAAGAGGCUUGUUCCUUCAGGUCCUAAUCCAGUGGAGCCUCCUGAAACACCAUCCACUUCAUUUACCAAAACCUAUUUUGGGGUGAAGAGGCUUGUUCCUUCAGGUCCUGAUCCAGUGGAGCCUCCUGAAACACCAUCAACUUCAUUUACCAAAACCCAUUUUGGGGUGAAGAGGCUUGUUCCUUCAGGUCCUAAUCCAGUGGAGCCUCCUGAAACACCAUCCACUUCAUUUACCAAAACCUAUUUUGGGGUGAAGAGGCUUGUUCCUUCAGGUCCUAAUCCAGUGGAGCCUCCUGAAACACCAUCCACUUCAAUUACCAAAACCCAUUUUGGGGUGAAGAGGCUUGUUCCUUCAGGUCCUGAUCCAGUGGAGCCUCCUGAAACACCAUCCACUUCAUUUACCAAAACCCAUUUUGGGGUGAAGAGGCUUGUUCCUUCAGGUCCUGAUCCAGUGGAGCCUCCUGAAACACCAAGCUCGAUUGCACAAGAAGAAGCUCCUCCAAGUUGGUGA